AUGAACUUCCUAAGCGUUCUGGGCAUCAUGGCAACAUUGCCAUAUAUCGCCAUGGCACAUCCAGCACAGAACACUUUGCUGGUGCCUGACCUACCACCUUCAUCAUGGAAUACUCAUACGCAUUGUUUCGACCCGGAACGCCAUCCCUUCAAGAGCUCGCGCUCCUAUACCCCGCAAGCCGCCCCGCUGGACGCUCUAAUUGAGCAAUCACCCGCCGACAAUGUCAUGAUCGUACAAGCAACGAUUGAAGAUGGUUACAGUGGACUGUUGGAAACGCUGGCCAAUGGUCAUAGGGACUACCCUGGAAAACAGAUCCGGGGUACAAUCGCCUGGGAUCCCGAGGACCCAAGUCUGAAGAACAAGACGGAUGUUGAUUGGGACAAAUUUAAUAACGCUGGUGUGCGGUCUGUGAGGAUCCAUGGAUCAUAUGGUGGCUCAGGCGAUGACCUUGAAUGGGUUCUCAAGCAAUUCCUAGAGGUGGCUGGGCGUUUUCCCCUCGAGCGACAUGGCUGGAGUAUCUCAUCCCAAUUACCACUGAAAACGUGGUCAAAGAUGAAGGAUUCCAUUCUCACUCACCCGAAGCUGAAUAACAUAACUAUCAUCGCAGACCACAACGGUUCUGUAACACCAGAUGACUAUGAUACCCCCGAGUUCAACGACUUUCUCAGCCUCAUGAAGGCCGGUAGACUUUACGUCAAGAUUGGUGCUUUGCACAGACGAUCAGAUGAUAUAUCUCUCCUGGAACCAGUCAUCAAGUCUUUUGCAAAGGUGUCGGCUGUAGGCAUUGUCUGGGGAAGUGACUGGCCUCACGUCAAUGCCACUGCCAAGGGACUUACUCCGGCACCUCCACUUGAAGUGGACACCGACAAGGAACUUCGGUUAUUGAGAGAAUGGCUUACAGAUGAAGAGUGGAUGGGAAUGAUGGUAUUUAACCCAGCUCGGUUGUUUGAUACAGUAAAGCAGUGA